UGAAAUGGGAACUAGCAUACAGUGUCGAAGAGUCAGCUGAGCACUUACUAAAAAUCGUUUUUCGGUGAUCGCCGCCUUGUCAGCUAAUAUUGCGCUGCGUGGCUGGAUUACGAACGCAUGCCUCGUAACUUAGCUUGUUUUGCCAUUACUUCAGAAUGUAAAAAUGGUGUUUUGUUUAAUAUUUGCAACGUGUUUUUAAAUCCAGAUUUAAACAUUUUGUGCAGUUCCACAUUUUUCUGGUAAAUAAAUUACAGUAAUGGGAGCUCACUACGAGGAUUCGUGAUAUAAAUAUAGGUUGGACUUGGAGACCGUUGAUUCAUCAUGGCAUACCAGUUUGGAGUGCCACACGACCCGAAUCGGCUCGUCCAGGAAAUAGGAUCAAACAUUCAGAAAAUAACACAACAGACAUCUGAGAUCCAGCGAAUUAUAAACCUUCUGGGAAGCCCACAGGACACCACCGAGCUCAGGCAGCAGCUACAGCAAAAGCAGCACAAUGUUAAUCAGCUGGCCAAAGAAACUGACAGAUGCAUGAAGGAAUUUGGGUCCCUCCCUGUCACCACAGAUCAGCGUCAGAGGAAGUUGCAGAAAGACCGCCUUGUGAAUGAUUUCAGCAGCGCUCUGGCAAACUUCCAGAGGACUCAACGGCAGGCUGCCGAGAAGGAAAAGGAGUUUGUUGCCAGAGUCCGUGCCGGCUCCAGGUUAUCGGUCGGUCAUCCUGACGACUCCUUCGGAGGAAUUUCAUCACCUUUUGACAGUGAGAGCCAGUCUCACCUUCAAGUCCAGGAGGAAUCCUUUACAGAAGAUGACCUGCGGCUCAUUGAGGAGCGAGAGAGUGCCAUCCGUCAGCUGGAGUCUGAUAUUACAGAUAUAAAUGAGAUUUUCAAAGAUUUGGGCAUGAUGGUUCAUGAGCAGGGAGAUUUGAUUGACAGCAUAGAAGCCAACGUGGAAAAUGCUGACAUCAACGUACAGUCCGCCACACAGCAGCUGGCCAGGGCGGCAGAUUACCAGGGCAAAUCACGGAAGAAGAUCUGCAUACUCAUCGUGAUCCUGGUUGUGGUUGCUGUGAUUAUCGGUUUAAUCAUCUGGGCUUCGGUCAAAAGCUAACACCUCAGCCGCCAUUGGAAUCCAUGUGGUCCUGUCACGCUGAUCCAAUAUCCCAUGUGUUCAUCAUCCUUCUAACAGAUUUUUAAAUCCCUCGCAUUUUAUUGCAAGUCUCAUUACAGUUAUAUAUUCGAUUAAACGAUUUCCUUCCUGCUGUUUAUAAAGCGUAAAUUUUUCAGUAAUGAAGAUCAGCUCUGUGUACAUUUUAAAAGAUUUUUUUUUUUAACGAUGUUAGUGCCACACUUUAGAUUUCAUGGACAUUUGUGAAUGAUUUUACAGUUAAUAUCUAAAGCUUUAAUUCUUAAGGCUUUUGUUGCCAUGUAAAGCACUGAAAUGUUUGUAUAUCAUUUAUAACUUUAUACAUUGCAGCUCCUCACAUUGCAGUAACAUGAUUAAUUGUAUACAGAUGAAAUAAUGCCAUUUUUUUCAGUUUGAUAGUUUCAGCCAUUUAGACUUUAUAUUUGAUUUCUUUAUAUUUGAUCUCCACUGUGCCAAUAGCAGACUUGUGGAAAGAAACAUGUCUUCCAAAUCAUCUUAAGGUCCCCAAAGCCAACAUGAGUUGAAUAUCAAGAACAUGUCAGGACUUCCAUGAUCAUUCUGGUCCUCUAACUCAAUUAUUCCCAACCCAGUCGUCGGGGACCUCCAGACAGUCCAUAUUUUUCUUCUCUCCCAGCUCCCAGCCAAUCGAGAACUCCAGACACUUGGUGCGGGUCUUAUAGGAGCUGUGAGAGAGCAAACAUGUGGACUGUCUCUACUGGGAAUCCAUCAUGGCAGACCUUGCAACAUCUGUCACCUGCCUCCGUCCAUUGGGGGACAGAUGGCAAAUUUUUUAAUCGACAUGAUCUGAGGUGUCUCUACCCAUUCCUGCUGCAUUUAACUUAAACGCUUACAUGGCAUGACCCUGUACUUCUUGAUCAAAAACAUCACUUUGUGUAGCGCAUAGUAAUUUCUGGGCUGCGGGGGGGGGGGGGGGGGGGGGGGAUUUGAAAUGUGAAGUAACAAUAUGAAUAAAGGAUUUUAAGCUUUG